AAAAAAAAAAACGCUCUAUAAAACAAGUUUCUUCCCACCAACAAAAAUCAUGUCCAAAAAUUACCAAACGGCCUAACAAUGAAAGACGUCUCAGGAUCAGUGGUGGUGGUCAUGGUGCCUCUCCCGGCGCAAGGCCACCUCAACCAGCUCCUCGAGCUCGCCUACCUUGUCGCCUCGUACGGCAUCCCCGUCCACUACGUCGGCUCCGCCUCCCACAACCACCAAGCCAAGCUCCGCUCCCACAUCCUGCCCUCGUCCUCACCCAGCGACAUCUGCUUCCACGACUUCCCAACCCCGGCCUUCCCCUCCCCCGCCCCGAACCCAAAUUCAACCUACAAGUUCCCCUCCCAGCUCCAGCCGGCGUUUGACGCCGCUUCAUUGCUCCGCGGCCCCGUCGCCAACCUCAUCCGCUCCCUCUCCUCGGAGUCGAGGCGGGUCGUCGUGGUCCACGACUCGCUGAUGGGGUCCGUGGUCCAGGACGCCGCCUCAGUCCCCAACGCCGAGAACUACGUCUUCCACUCGGUUUCCGCCUUUGCGCUUUACUGGUUUACGUGGGAGGCCACGGGGAUGGUGAUCCCGCAGGAGGAGGAGGAGGUCGAUAUCGCCGAGCUCGUUUCUGCCGAGGGCUUCCCGUCCAACCGGGUCUCCUUCACCGACGAGUUCUUAAAGUUCAUCGCAUCGCAGCACGAGUUCCAUAAGUUAAGCUCGGGGUACAUCUUCAACACAUGCAGGGUUGUCGAUGGCCGUUACGUGGACUUAUAUGCCAGCGCAACAGCGAACAGCAUCGCAACCAAGCACUGGGCGAUCGGGCCGUUCAACAUGGUCAAAGCACCCGAGAAGAGUUCAAGAAGAUCUGCUCACGCGUGCAUGGAGUGGCUCGACAAGCAAGCACCGAACUCGGUGAUAUAUGUGUCCUUCGGCACCACGACGGCGCUGAGCAACGAGCAGAUCCGUGAGAUCGCGAUCGGACUGGAAAGUAGUGGACAGAAGUUCAUCUGGGUACUGAGGGAAGCUGAUAAGGGGGACAUUUUCAGAGGAGGAGAGGCGAGGAAGAUGGAACUGCCUCAAGGCUUCGAAGAGAUGGUGGGGACUCGAGAUAUAGGGGUGGUGGUGAGGGACUGGGCACCGCAGCUCGAGAUCUUGGGGCACCCGGCAACCGGCGGGUUCUUGAGCCACUGCGGGUGGAACUCUUGCAUGGAGAGCAUCAGCAUGGGAGUGCCGAUCCUCGCAUGGCCUAUGCAUUCGGAUCAGCCCCGGAAUGCAAUCUUGAUCACACGAGUUCUCAAGAUUGGACUCAUUGUCACGGACUGCAUGAGCCAAAACAAGGUCGUGAAGUCGCCCGCGAUCCAAGAUGCUGUGAAGGCGCUCAUGGCAUCGGAGCAAGGGGACGAGAUGAGGAAGAAGGCGGCGGAGCUAGGGGUCGCCGUACGGGGGUCAAUGGACAAGGGCGGAGUUUCUCGGGCCGAGUUGGACUCUUUCAUCACUCAUAUCUCUAGAUAAGUUCUCGCCCUCUCUUAUUCUGUUUUCAGCAUUAAAGAUAUGUCUUAGUUGGGGAACAUUCUAUAUAAAUUCAGUCUGCAAGUGAUUCUAUGUGAAAA